GAUGUGGGAGGAUUUCAGUUCAUGGACAAUUCGACGUCCGCGAUCAUCAACGACCUCAAGUUCGACGUUGCUAAGCAGGUCCGAUCUAUGAUUAUCAUUCUGGCUGGGUUUAAUAUCGGUAUGGCUGUGGUGCUGGCAUUCAUCAUCUUUCGGAAUUGUUACAAGGGAGCAAGGAGGAGCGACCCGGCAUUCGGUUUUCGUUCAUGCGUCUGUAAAUUUAUAGAAACAUCAGAAAUAUUCCCCUUUGUCUUAUCUAUCGGCAUAGCAAUACAGGGUAUUGUAUUUGUGGUUAGCCAGACCAAGGGCCUGGAGGGGCUCCUGAUUCUCGGAUGCACGUCGAUUUCUCAGGCCAUGUUCCCAGCCUUAUUCGUUGUCCCAUAUAUACAACUUGUCUUUGGGAUCGAGACAACCGUGCAAGCACUGAGGCGACGACCUUUUGAACGGCGAUCCAGAUGGGUCAUAUUCGCCUGUCUCAUCGUUGUCAUCGCUGGUACCGUGGGGAUGUAUGUGGUAACGCGCUUUAUCAGGCCUCCAGACCUGUGUUAUGCUUCUCUUUUCUGGUUCGUCCAGACUUGGAGGCUCGAGUCAUUCAUCCUGUUAACGACAAUCUCUUGUAUCUUGAUUAUCGGAACCAUAAUCGUAUUUAUUCGACUGCAUCGAGACCCAUCAAUUGGUAUUAUUGAAAGGACGGCCGCCUCCAGGAUGGUUUACUACAUGACUCUUGGCGCUGUAAUAAAUGGAUUGAUGGCUCCCUUUUUCUUCAGCAUCUCAUCUCAAAAUCCACUCGCGUUAACAGACAUACAACUAGACCUAAAUAUGGUAGCCUCUGUGGCAAGCAAUGUGUCGGGGAUCAUAUUUGGCGUCCUAUACCUCUUCCUUCGCUCCAGAAAGAUGCAGAAGAUAGGUCCGCUUGGACAUGUUGAGCUUAAUGGCCCACGAAAAGAAAAAUCCAUAGAAUCAUGGCCUGGGACGGAUAUUUUCAACACGCAGAUUGAGCAACCAGUGUCGCCGGCGAGAAUAUUUGAAUCUCGCGCAAGUACGAGAAUGUCGGAGGCCAUUUCACCGACGGCGGAAAUCACAAACGGAAAGGGUCGCAGUCUUGAGGCCAUCCAUACCGCAAAUGCAUCCAGGGGAGUCGCUGCUGACGACUCCGAAUUGAUGAAUGUGGCUCCGUCGCCAGUUGUAACUCGAGCUCGAAAAGACUCGUACAGUCUGUUUCCGAGUCAACGAGAAGCGUUUGAAACGAAACCCAAGGGUGCCGGCAUCCUCCUCCCCUCCACGACAUAUUCGCCAACGGGAGGCAACGGACACACGGCGCUCGGCGGCGCCAUGUUUGAAGAUUUGCUGCCACCACCUUCGAUCCGCAUAUCGGGUGCCCCCAGACACAACCGAGACUCUUCGCUGGUGUCUUCUGCGACAGUCCAGAUUGGACUGAGAGUAUCCAAUUUCAGCGACGUGACGCACUUGGAAGCUCCC